AUGGUAUUGCCUGAUACGCCUGGAAUGCCUCAUCUUGGUGCCCAUCUGAUCUUGAUUAUCUUACAGUUCUUGAAAGAGCGCGGCUACAAAGAAGCUGCACAUGAGUUGGAGCGGGAAUCGGGUGCGUAUUUUGACUGGGAUUAUAUGGAGGAGCUUAUACUGGAAGGGAGGUUGGAAGAGGCAGAAAAGUACCUUUCUGGUUUUACUCAGCUGGAGGACAACAGAUUCUCAAUGAAGAUCUAUUUCGAAUUGAGAAAACAAAAGUACCUCGAAGCUUUGGACAGCAAUGAUGUCCCAAAGGCAAUGAAUAUACUCAGGAGCGAUCUAAAAGUUUUCAAGGCAAAUAAAGAAUUAUUCGAGGAAUUGACUGAACUCGUGGCGUUGGAUAAUAUACGGAAAAACAACAAACUUGCCUUGUACUCUACAGAGGAUGCGAGAAGUGCAAUAAGGUGGGAAAUAAAGAAGGAUAUUGAGCUAAAUCCUGCUCUGCAGGGAAAACUUAUUUUACCUGGAUUCGAGCCAUGUAGGUUGGGGUACAUUAUAAACCAGAGCUUGAAUUGGCAGCAUUCCCAUUGUACGUAUCCAGUACCAAAUCCUGUGAUACAUACGAUUUUGGCAGACCACUGUUGCCAACCUCCUAAAAGUCCGGUUGUCCCACCAGCAGAUGAUGCUUUGGCAGUAACAUCAACGGAUGCUCAUCCUGCUCUAAGCCAGCAACCAGCAUCAGAGGUCCUUGAUGACCUACCCAUGAAAGUUAUCCAGACAUUGAAGGAGGAAUUGUACCCGACAGACAUCGAUUUUAGUCCCAUUCAGCAGACAUACCUUUUAGUUGGUACUGGAAAUGGAGAUAUCGGGAUAUGGGAAGUUGGUUCUGGCGUGAAACUGUUCUCUGACAACUUUAAGGUCUGGAAUAUGGAAGCAUGCUCUACCAAGUUCAAGGAAGCUAUGAUUGGAGAUUCAAGUAUUUCUAUAACUCGUGUAAAUUGGAGUCCAGAUGGUUUAUUGUUUGGCGCUGCAUAUUCGACACACUUGGUUCAGAUAUAUGUUUUUGGCUGUGGCAAUAAUGUUAAGCCACAACUGGAGAUUGAAGCUCAUGAUGGCCGUGUGAAUGAUCUGGCAUUUUCUGCCACCAACAAGCGGCAGUCUCUCAUAACAUGCGGCAAUGACAGGACUGUCAAGGUUUGGGAUGUGAUGGAUGGAGUCAAGCGUUUUACUUUUGAAGGUCAUAAUGCCCCUGUUUAUUCUAUCCGCCCACAGAUGAAGUCAGGCAUUGAAUUUAUCUUCUCAACAUCUGUGGAUGGCAAGAUAAGGGCAUGGCUAUAUGAUGAUUUUGGGGCCAGAUUUAAUCACAAUGCACCUGGCCGUGCAUGCAUGGUUAUGGCUUAUAGUAAUGAUAACAGGAGGCUUUUCUCUUGCGGGUCGAAUAAUGAUGGAGAGUCAUUCCUCGUUGAGUGGGAUGAAAGUGAAGGUUCCGUAAAAAGAACCUAUCAAGGGUUGGGGAAAUGUUCUUUGGACAUUGCACACUUCCAUACAGCCAAGAGCUUGUUAGCAGCCGGUGAUGACCAUAUGAUCAAAUUCUGGAACAUGGACAAUGUCAAGCUUUUGGCAACUACUGAUGCGGAAGGCAGCCUGCCAGCAAGGCCUCGCAUCCGCUUCAACAAGGAGGGAAGUCUACUGGCUGUCAUUGCAGAUGGAAACACUAUAAAGAUUCUGGGCCCUAAUAAGGCUUCUCAAUUGCUCAAAACAAGCAAAAGUGGCUCUCUUAUUGCCGCUAGUGUUGCUUCAGAAUCUCCAAUGAUGAGGCACAUUGAGCUUUCUCUGCAUAAUUUUGUGCGGAUCGCCAACUUUGCUUCACCACCGUCGGUCUCCCUUUCUCAAGCUGCAAUUUCCAAGAGUGUCUAUGAGAGAGCCACAAAGAGAUCUCUUUUUUCUAGGGAAAAACUCAUCGACGCUAGCAUCACAGUUUUCUUUCCUCCUUCUUCCUUCUCCCUUAUCCGCAUAACUCCACCAUCGCCAUCUGCGCUUGCACAUGUCCUUCACCAAACAUCAUCAUACCGUGAACCCUCGUGCACCUUCGCCCUCCUCGCUGCCGUGGUUGACCCGCCGUCCACCUCCACUAUCUCGCACUGCCCGCCCUUCUCUCUGUCUCUCUACAACUCUUACUUUAGGCAGCGCGGCCUCGGACUCCGAUGUGCGGCCACGGCUACCUCAGGCUGCGGCGGUCAUGACCUCAAACCUGAGGCCAUGCUGCCUCAGAUCUCAGGACGCAUGGCGCUGACCUAG